AUGCGCUCGCCUUUACUUUAUUUUUCUGGUAUCGGUGGUUUUUUAUUAUUCGGCAUACAAGCUUUGCCAGCACCUAGAUCAUUUUCCGUUCCUUUAAAGCGUAGUUCUACCUCAUCUCUCGUCAAGCGAGGAGUAGCCUCACAUUCGCUGUGGAAUGAAGCACCGCUAACAUAUCUUAUUGACGUCAAUAUCGGAACCCCAGCACAAACCAUCACCGUUGUCUUUGACACAGGCUCCGCUGAUCUAUGGGUACCAUCAGCGUCUUGUACUACAGCAAAUGGAUGUAUGGGCAAGACAUUUGAUCAUACGAAAUCGCCCACACUUGUCAACUUGACGAUACCUUUUAAUAUCCAAUACGGCUCUGGCUACGACAAUGGAUCAUAUGUCACGGAUGUUGUGAGUAUUGGAAACUUUACGGUCGGUGAUCAGACACUGGCACUUGUAUACAGUGCAUUCAAUACUAUUCAGCCUGCAAAAUCUACACCGUACGUUGAUGGUAUCCUUGGGAUGUCUUGGGAUACAGGUGUCUAUGGGGCUAGGCACAAUUUUAUAUACCCUCCGUUCAUUUAUGGGCUCUAUUCGACUGGUCAGAUACCCACCAUGUCGUUUGGCAUGCACCUCGGCAACGUGUACUCUAAGGCUUAUGCCGGCACUGUCACUUUCGGAGGCUACAAUACCACACAGUUUACUGGAAAUCUUCAAUACUUGCCGGCUCAACCUGAAACCUAUCAUAAUAUUACUAGCUUUGUACAUUGGACUGUAUACGGGCAGUCCUUCAAGCUUCAGCAAUCUAACACAACACAUGAAUUCGAAGAUGGAUCUGCACUAGUACUUCUCGAUAGCGGCGAUAACUUUUUGUCGCCUGACAACACAUCUUACAUCGUUUCAUGCGACCUUUUAAACUCCACUGAAAUGAUCAAUGUUGUUUUUCCUAGUGUUGAAGGAUACGCGGCUGUCACACUGCAGACACCUGUCAAGGAUCUGAUAAUCGGCUACACUGAUGGAGUGAAUUAUACAUGUGAGCUUGGUCUAGCGGCCGUAGGCGGUCCACCGUAUAUUCUUGGCGAUGUCUUUUUGCGCAGUUGGUACGCCUACUACGAUUUUACGAACAAGCAAGUUGGCCUCGCCCAGGCUCUCAAUAGUAACGAUACCCAAUAUUAUUAUAAUAUCUCUGAUUUUCAAUAG